GGGAACCACUGGUUGUCUUGCAUUGAGAAAGAAAACCGAGGCCAGUAUGCACAGCCUUCCUCUGAUGCUGCUCCUGCUCACCGUGGGCUCUCACGGCUUCCCAGCGAUUUCAGAAACACAAGAGCAAGAUGUGAAAACAGAAAUAGUCCAGAAGUACCUGGAAAACUACUACCACCUAAAUAAUGACAGGGAACGGAUUGCAAAGCAGAAGAAUGGGGGCCAGGUGGUUGAAAAACUGAAGCAAAUGCAGAAAUUCUUUGGGCUGAAAGUGACUGGAAAGCCAGAUGCUGCAACCCUGAAGGUGAUGAAGCAGCCCCGAUGUGGGGUGCCGGACGUGGCUCAGUUUGUCCUCACUGAGGGGAAUCCUCGGUGGGAGAAAACACAUCUGACUUACAGGAUCAAAAAUUACACACCAGAUUUGCCUCAAGCAGAUGUGGACCAGGCAAUUGCGAAAGCCUUUAAACUCUGGAGUGAUGUCUCACCUCUUACGUUCACCAAGGUCUUUGAGGGUGAAGCAGACAUCAUGAUCUCUUUUGUCUGGGGAGAUCAUCGUGACAAUUCUCCCUUUGAUGGACCUGGAGGAGUCCUUGCGCAUGCUUUCCAACCAGGCCCAGGUAUCGGAGGGGACGCUCAUUUUGAUGAAGAUGAAACGUGGACCAACAAUUUCAGAAAUUACAACUUGUAUCAUGUUGCCGCUCAUGAAUUGGGCCAUUCCCUUGGACUGUCUCAUUCUAUGGACAUUGGGGCUUUGAUGUACCCCAGCUACACCUUCAGUGGUGAGAUUCAGCUAGCUCAGGAUGACAUAAAUGGCAUCCAGGCCAUCUAUGGACCCUCCAAAAAUCCCAUCCAGCCAGCAGGCCCCAAAACCCCACAAGUGUGUGAUAGUAAGCUAACCUUUGAUGCUGUAACCACAAUCCGGGGAGAAGUGAUGUUCUUUAAAGACAGAUUCUACAUGCGAGUAAAUUAUUUCUACCCGGAAGUUGAGCUCAAUUUCAUUUCUCUUUUCUGGCCUCAUCUGCCAAAUGGACUUGAAGCUGCUUAUGAAGUUGUCGAAAGGGACGAAGUCCGGUUUUUCAAAGGUAACAAGUACUGGGCUGUUCAGGGGCAGGACAUGCUGCCUGGAUACCCUAAAGACAUCUACAGAUCCUUUGGCUUCCCUAAAACUGUGAAGAAUAUCAAUGCAGCUGUUUCUGAGGAGGAUACCGGAAAAACGUACUUCUUUGUUGCUAACAAGUACUGGAGGUAUGAUGAACAUAAACGAUCCAUGGAUGCAGGUUAUCCCAAAAUGAUAGCAGAAGACUUUCCUGGAAUUGGCAACAAAGUUGAUGCUGUUUUCAAGAAAGAUGGAUUUUUCUAUUUCUUUCAUGGAACAAGGCAAUACAAAUUUGAUCCUAAAACUAAGCGAAUUUUGACUCUCCUGAAAGCUAAUAGCUGGUUCAACUGCAGACAGAAGUAACCAACUGUUACAAGUUAAAUGAAAAAAAAUAUAUUUUGUGAACCCAAUGAUGGUUUGCCCUGAACAGCCAUAUUUUUUUAGUUAUUUUAUUUUACCUCUAGAAUCACUGAUGCACAGCGCUAUUAAGUAUAAACUUAUUUAUACCUCAUUCUCUGUAUGUUUAUAUGAUUUAGAAUGUAAUGUUUUAUAUGCUAACUUAAUUUUGUUCCACAAAUGAGGGCUAAGGAAGAUCAAGUCCACAGCUUACAAAUUCAUAUGGGUCAGUUAGUUUCAACAAAGACAGAAAAUCAUUUCAAAGUAUAAGACUCCAACACUGAUCCUGGAAAGCAGCCUCGUGACGAACAUCACCUCUCAAAACAGAAAGAUGUGAGAGAUGAUAGUCUCCACCAGAGGAAAAACAGUUCAAGAACACAUGUCCAGCCUCUAGGUAGCAUAUUGAUAUGCAAGAGACAAGUCUUGUUA